AUUUUUCUCAGUUUCAACUCGGCACUCGAGUUGAGAAGACGCACAGAAGAGCCUGAAAACACAAAUACCCCAUCUCUCCUGCUAACCCAGAAGAGAACGAACGAAUCGAUCUUUAACAAAUUUUAUUUUUAAAACCAUCCUAAAAAAAAUCCUUAAAAUAUCACACCAUCACAAGUCAUAUCAGCUGUAUCCCAAAAUUUUGAGACAGAUUCUUACUGUUUAUAGAGCUUUGGUUUUUUUUAGAAAUUUAAGAACAUUUGUGGAAACGUGAGAGAUUCUUACUGAGAUUGCUACCCUCAGCCGUGCAAGAAGGAGUUAUGAAGUGGAUGUGCAUCGCAAGAAUCAUUUGUGUUCAUGAACUGCCCACCCGAUCGAGAUCGCAUUGGGUCAAUGGGGCACCGUCGGUGGAUUAAUAUUGUUGCCAUUGAGUGUCGUGAUCAAGUAAAACGAUCCUAAAAACUCUCCACCAAACUUCUCAAUCGUGGAUUGUACAUGUGAAAAGUUUUUGCCUAAUGAUCGAAUGAAGAUCACACAAAAGUGACUUACAAAAACUGUUUCUUUUGGAUAACACCUCCCAACAUCCAGCCUCUGCAACUUGUGGAUUAAUUAAACUCAAAGAUCCGUGCUCACAAACACACACACUGAGGGACUUUGCGCGCGUUUGGCGAGGAUGCAUCGAAAGGCGGAUACAGUGGCUGUAGCUCUGGAUCAGUCACCCUUGGCAGACUCUGCCGCAGAUACCAACAACAACAGCACCAAGAAAAAUGAAAAGUAUUCCCUGCGACAGCGCCAGAAACGGGAUUCACGACAUUCCGCAGCACAAAACAGUUCGGGGAAUUCGUCGCCGGAGCUGAGGGGUGUCCGGGAGAAGCCAAAAUCCAAGGCUGCCCCAUUGAGCAAGUAUCGUCGGAAAACAGCUAAUGCGAGAGAACGAACUCGAAUGCGAGAGAUUAAUAGUGCAUUUGAGAGUUUGAGGCAAUGUGUCCCUAUCUCAAUGUGCGGUACUAUCCAACCAUCCUGCUCCUCAGCUUCCAAUGAGAAACUCACGAAAAUCACCACCUUACGCCUAGCCAUGAAGUACAUCCGAACGCUGAGCGAAUGUCUGUCGCGAACUGUAUCCAGUGAUAGUAGCCUCUUAGUCAAUAACAAUAGCCUAAGUGUUAACAAUAACUGCAAGCCUGAGGAUAUGGAAGUGGAUCGUGUCAAAGUCACCCAGCGAUCGAGUCAGUGUGCCAAGGAACAGCAGAGGCUCAAAAAGGAUCUCAGUCCCUGUCUCACACCACCUAUGGAUGACAGUCCGGCCGAUCUGGGACUUAUCCUUGAGUCAGACGGUGAGAGUUUGCAACUGUCCGAACCCUGCCUCAGUCCACUUGGUCAGAGUAUGAAGCCCUUCAAUUGCACCCCAACCGAAAGUCUCGAGCUAGGUCUUUUCCUGGAAUCAGACAGUGAAUCCCUGCAACUAUCCGAGCCCUGCCUCAGUCCACUUGGGCAUCUGGAUCCCUUCGGUGAUGACUGGAUCCAUUCAGGCUUCUCAGAACAUUCCGCCCUAGAUAUCUACCUAACGUGACGAACCAAUUUCCCUGUACAUAGGCCAUACCCCUACCACCCCGUAUUUAUUAAUUAUUGUGUAUCUUGUGAAAUAAUGUGGUUUAAAUUCUCAUUGUGUCAUACUAAAGCAAAAUUGCUAACUAAGUGGAAAGUGGGAUCAUAUCCCUGAGUUCCACUCUAAACUUCGAAUGAAAUUUUUUGUGUAGUUUGUAAGGGAUUGAGGGGUUCAAUCUUACAGUGGCUGAAUUUAGUUAACGUCUUUCGAUUGAGGGGAUCGAGAUAUCUGAUAUGGCCACCUUUAAAGCACAUAAUUACUGCAAAGAAAUUAAUAAGCAUGAAGUCAUAGGCCGUAAUUGAAGAAGUGGCCAAAAAUGGUACUUUGACCCUUGAAACCUGAUUUCGAAAUACGAAAAACUAAAGUUCAGACAUAAAUUCACAGUGCCAGAUAUAGAUUGAAUUCCUCCUGUAGCACACAUUAAGACUAUCUUCUUCUACUUCUCCUUCUGCUCUAACCCAAUUUAAGAGUCAUAGCCAGAAGACAGUAAAAGAGAAUAGCAAAAUUGAAAAUGUCAUCCAUAUUGACAACAUAUCGGUUCCAAUAAUAUCGCACAAUAAAUGGCAUUUUAAUGGAUAAGAAAAUUUUUCAAGGAUUAAGUCACAAUUGUCUGUUUGGAAUUUGAUUCUAAAUUAACUUUAUAUGUCUCUUAAAUUCUUCCAUACAUAUUUCUCUUUCAACUAAUUUAAAUAAAUAAAUACUAUGGUGUCUCAUCUAAAACAAUUUGAACACACGUACUAAAACUUCUAUCGUCCAUCUAUCUCUAUUUCAUAUCUGCAAAUGCAUUGAAAUAAAUUGAAGUAAAAAUAAAAACUUUCCGGCCUUCGAAAUCGUAGUCUAUCUCACAAGUAAUUGUAAUAUUUUAUAGGAUUAUUGGACAUGCAUAAAAUGUAAGGUAAUUGCAGAAACUAUUACACACUUCUUCAUAUACGAUUAAUUUAAUUAGAUGUCUCAUAAUAUUUAAGAGAAAAUGAAAACAUGUAAAUAAGAUUGUAGGAAUUGAAAUUAAAAACGUUGAGUUUGCAAUUAGCAUCUCGCACUAAAGAUGAAAUAUUUAAAUUCGUCCAUAGCGAUCUGUGCAUAUCUUUUUUUAGACUUAAUAAAUUAAUAGCUAUUAAGCACAACAAGUCCUAAUAUAGGAACUUUGUAUGACGCCUGGUAAUUGCAAUAUUAGACAAAACACAAAUCCAUUUUCUUCCAGCAUGACCUGCACGAUGCCAGGCUCCAAGAUGGCUUUGUCUUGAGCCUCAAUUCGUUACACUUGUGCGUAUUCCUGCCUUCACCUUCUGCAAUCGCAUAAUUCAAUUUUAAAUUAAUUUGUCAAUUGUGCCAUUUUAUUUAAUGAAACAAGCCUGCAUUUUGAGUUUCUCUAGCGCACAAAUCAUUGCCAUAUUUAUAGCCCCUUUCUUGCGUCAUCCCCUGUCAAUCGCCCAAUUAAGCGCUCAUUACAGAGUUAUUAGAAUACAAUUAGUCUCUUGGACUAUUCACGACUACACGACGGCUCUUGGGAAAAUAUCACUUGACAUAUUUGUCCAUGAAGUUCUUCUCUCAAAUGUAGCAUUGUCUCUAAAGACCCACACAUGGCUCUUGGAUGCUAUGCCUAAGAAGUAUUUGCUGACACACGUCACCGACCGUUAAUAAGAAAAUUCAAUUGCGCACAAACUCGAGCCGAGAUUUAUUGUAUGCACACCAAAUAGCCACUCGUCUUUUUGCCAUCCUAACACCAUCGGAGAUGAUCUAAAGCCACUGAUAGCUGAAUGCAUGAGAAUUGACAGAAAAUUCCGGGGGCUGAUGAGCAAUUAAAAUGGAAGUUUAGCUCGAAAAUCAAAAGUUCCAAAAACGUAUCUUUAGCCCUCUACCACAUGAAGAGAAAUUUACGUCAAAAUAGAACAUUUUGAAGUAAUGGCCUCUACACACUAAAGAAAUUUAUGUCCAUAUUGAGGAGUUUCUCCUACACAAGCGCAGGGAAUUUGCUUCAAUAUGGACAUAUAUUUUUCAAGUGUGUAGAGGAAAUAAGUCGCUUAGAGGCCCCUACACACUGAGAAGAAUUUUCAUCAAAAAAUGCCUUUUUUAAGGAUAUCGUCUGUUAUGCUGUAGCUUUGACAGAAUUUUGACGUUUCCCCCUACAGCCGUGCAGACGAUUUCCUUUAAAAAAGCAAUUGUUGACGAAAAUUGCUCCCAAUGUGUGGAGGAAGCCUUAAAAGUUUUCCUUUUUCAUGAUAAUUUCUUACCAUCUUUAAGGCAGCAAUUUUCUUCAAAAACAGCAUUUUUGACAGAAUUUUGACGUUUCGCCCUACAGCACUGCAUACGAAUUUAUGCAAAAAAAAAACAAUUGUUGACGAAAAUUACUCCCAAUGUGUGGAAUGGAAGCCUUAAAAGUUUUCCCUUUUCAUGAUAAUUUCUGACCAUCUUCAAGGCAGAAAUUUUCCUCAAAAACAGCAUUUUUGACAGAAUUUUGACGUUUACAUCUACAGCAGUGCAGACGAUUUCAGUCAAAAAACCAAUGUGUGGAGUGGAAGCCUUAAAAGUUUUCCUUUUUCAUGAUAAUUUCUUACCAUUUUUAAAGCAACAAUUUUCUUCGUAAACAGCAUUUUUGAGAGAAUUUUGACGUUUCCACCUACAGAACUACAUGAACUUUCCCUAAAAAAAAAACGAUUUUGAAGAAAAUUACUUUCAAUGUCUAGAGGCCUUUAGAAAACAUUGAGAACUAUUGACGUGUAAUAAAAUAUUUAAUCCAAUAAGAUAUUUCAAUCUCACCGCAUUCUCUGAUUGGCUAAAGCUUUCACAGAUUUCACGCUUUAGCUAAUCAGAAUACAAAAUGGAACUGAAAUAUUUUAUGGAACUAAAUGUAACUACUAAAAGGAACGAAACGUAAAAAAUGCUUUACAUAUUUUUUCACAAUUUUUGAGCCAAAAUAUUCCACAUUCAGUAAACUCCCUCAAAUUCGAGAAUGUAAGACCGAAAUGUCAACCGAAUUACAGAGAAAUUCGGAUGUGAAACUGUUUAAACCUUUAAGGACCAGUAGAUCAAAAAUUGGGGUUGAAAAAAUAUCAUCUUUUCUGACUUUUUGGAUCUAAAGUAACUUUAGAUGACAGUAGGGAAAAAUUUGUUUUUAAGUUACCGGUGACACAAUAGUAUAAGGUUAAAAUCGAACGAUUUUUGGUCAUCAGGAGUCAACUUGAUGGCUUCGGUACACCUUUUAGUUCAGGAAAUUUUCAUGGAGUCGAAAUUUACAUCUCUUUUUUUUUUACUCAAACUUUUUGCAUUUGUCUAUCUCACUAUUUUAAACUCUUCUUCUUCUUCUCUAGAACGUCGUAACAAAUUCAAUUUAGUUCAAACUAAUUUUAAGAUGACAAAAUGAAAACAAAUGAUAGUAUCAAUUUUUUUUUUGGAAAAAUUUGAAGUAUGCUGCUAUGACAGUUUCUAUAAUUUGUUUUGUAAAACAUUCAAGAUCGAAUCGCUGAUCCUGUUGAUUUUACAAAAAAAAGAAAUAUUUUAAUAAAUUUGUCAAUUUUAAUCUAUUUUGAAUUAAAUUUAAAAUCCAAAAUUGUAAUUGUGAUUUCUAUUAUGAGAAAGACGAAUAAAGAGAAACACUGGAAAAGAAAUUAUCAAUAUACCAUUUUAUAUCAAAUACAAAAUAAUUCAUUUAAAAAAUGACGGUAAUUUAUUUUUCUCAAUUCUAGAAUAUUUAAAAAAAAUACCCAUUGCAAUUUUUGUUUUUAUUUUUUCAAGUUUAAAUGGUUAUUUAAUUUAAAAAUAAUGGCUCCUGCACACCUUUUAGAUCAGGAAAAUUUCAUGAAGUCCAAAUUCAAAUCCCUUUCUUUCUCACGAAUUUUGCAUACCUAACUUGAUGUGAUUCUUUCGCACUCUUCUUCUUCUUCUUUUGAACAUCACACUAAAUUAAAUUUAGCUCAAUCGAAUUUAGAGUCCGAAAAAAUGAGAUAGUCAUUAUGCAAGGCAUGUGAGAAAGAAAGGAAUGCGAACUUUGAUUUCAUGAAAUUGUCCUUAUCUAAAAGCUGUGCCGCACCCAUAAAUAUUGGAUUUUUUUGUUAAACUAAAUUGAUAAUCUUGGGUUCUUAAAAUUGUUUUUCUUUUAUAAAUUUCAAUUUUUAAAGUCUUAUAUUUUCUUUAAGUUCCAAUUAAAAGUUUCUCAUCAACCCCUUGGGAAAAUUAUGCAUUAAUGUGGUUUGUCUCUGAAAAAUCUCAUGGUGUGUGUGUGCAUAUUUUCUUUGGCCUCAAACUAAAGGUAUCUUCCAGUGGCGCAAAGAAGUUGAAAGAUUUUAGAAAAAAAAUCCUUCAUUGAAUAAGUCACAGAGACCUAAAUAGCAACAAAUUUGCUAAAUUCCUGCGAGAUAUUUCUCACUAAGAAAAAUCCACAUUGAAGGUGAAGAAUGUCUUGGGCGAAAAUUCCCUGAAUUCUCAAUCAUUCCAUGAAUAUCUUGUUCUUUUUUUUCCUGUAAUUCACAAUAUACAAAUGAAUGCCCAUUGAGAAACUCACGCCAUUUGCUAACUCCAAUGAUCUCUGUAACUAAUCCUCUCUAUCGCUCUAUCGACUCAUUUUUGAGGUAAUUUAUAGUGCUUCUGUUAUUCACUGUUACCUUUAUGAUUUAAGUGCAAGAAAAAAAAGAUGAUAUCUUAUUUUAAGAGAAAUACGACACUAAGUUUUUAUACGAUUGUUUUAAGCUCUUUUGUACGACAAUUUCAGCCUCUUUCUGUUUUUUUUUUGUAGAUCAUCUAAGUUACACGAGAAGUUUUUUAUUAUUAUAUAUUUUUAUACAUUUAAUGUAAAUAUUAAUUUAAAAGAAAAAGAGAAAUGUGCUGAGAAUAAAUUUAUGAAACAUU